AUGCUGGCAUAUCAGAUGAAUGCAAAUGGCUCCACAAAGAGGCAGGACCCUCCCGAAACAGAUGAGAAAGAUGUGAGACAGGCUGUUAUUGCUCCAUAUUUGCCAGUUUAUCUUAAGCACCUUGGUAUAACAACUCUUCAAAUUGGUAUUAUAUUCGGACUUAAAUCCUUCAUUGGUUUUCUGGUAAAUCCUUUAUGCGGCAUUUUAUCAGACAGGCUGAGACAACACAAAUUGGUUCUGAUGUUAUGCAUAAUAUUGUCUGCAAUGCUUAUGAUAUCGUGUCGGUUUAUACAUGUACCAACAUCAGUUCAACGUUAUAAGGAAGAAAAUGACAAAAAUGAAAUUGUGUGUACAUGGAAUCAAAGUGAACUGAAAUUCACGUUUACCAAACAAAAUUGUAAUGGUAGUGAACAUGCUAUGAAUACAAUUUAUAUAAAUGAUAGUGACUGCAAAAUAUAUGUAAUAGAUCAAAAAGACGUGUGUUAUAAUACCAGUUCAGCGAUCUUCUUCCUGGAAUAUAAUUAUAAUUGGACACGCAAUGGUAAUGUUCUCCACUGUAAUUACACAGAUUCAGAGAGUAACAAUACUUCUCAAGUGACAUGUGAAAACGUACACUUGGUAAAUAACUCGUCAUUCCAUGCACAAUGUUACGGGAACGAUGUUGUCAGUCUCACGUUCUGGUUUUGUCUUGUCAUUCUACAAUUGGAAGCCGUAUUUGCGUGUUCAGUGCAGCCACUUAUUGACAUGAUUGUUUACGAACACCUUGGUGAUAAACAUGGUGAUUAUGGAAAGCAACGAGUAUGGGGCGCCAUUGGACGUGGAUGUUUUGCUCUGAUGUCAGGGAUAUUCGUUGAUGCAUUUAGUAAUAACUUCUCAUCGACUUCCUACAAGAACUAUGACCCUGCAUUUGUGCUUUUUGCAGUACUAGUAGCUGUUACAGUAGUUAUCACUAGUAUAAUUGAUGUUCCCGCAAUUAAUAAACCUCAGAAAAUGUUCAAUAACAUUUGUGAUUUAUUUAGACAGACUGAAGUUGUGGCAUCGUUUACAGCAUUUACUGUGUUUGGUAUUGGUGUUGGCACUAUACAAACUACAUUUUUCUGGUUUUUGGAAGAGGCUGGAGCCCCAAAUUCACUGAUGGGGAUAAGCCUGUUGGUUACAUGUAUUUCCGAAUUGCCGUUCUUUUUUUAUUCGGGUAAUAUCAUCGAUUACCUUGGUUAUAGGGGAGUAAUUUAUUUUGUUUUUCUUAGCAACAUUAUUCGAUAUUUAGCAUAUUCCUGUAUUUCUAAUCAUGUAUGGUAUGUGUUACCAUUGGAGGUGGUGCAUGGAGUCGUAUAUGGUGCUAUGUAUGCCACAAUGACGUCAUAUGCAAGUAUCAUAUCGCCACCUGGAAUGUCUGCGACCGCUCAAUCAAUGGUGCAGGCAUGUUUUAAAGGACUGGGUAAAGGUCUGGGAAGUAUACUUAGUGGGUGGAUCUAUCAUGUCUAUGGAGGAAAAACAUUGUUCAGAAGUUAUGCUGGUUUGUGUCUGGUUGUAGCAGUUUGUUAUUGGGUUAUCCACACGCCAAUGAAGAAUCAAUGUGGUCGCUAUCACAUCAUUGAAGAACGAGACUCUAUUAAUCAAGAUGAUGCAAACAAACAUGGACCAUGUUAUUGA